AUGCCAGACAAGAAAGCAGCUAAAGUAAUGACAAGGUGGACGCCGCAACGGAAGAGACCGAAAGGCAGGCCUAAAAAGCGUUGGAUCGACUGUGUGGAGGAAGAUAUGAGGAGGAUGGGAAAGAUCACAAACUGGAGAAGGACAGCCAAGCUUCAAGACAAUAGGAGGGAUAUUGUAGAAGAGGCCAAGACCCACAAAAGGUUG